AUGGGAUAGUGCUCUUGUUUCAACUCUUACGAUCCUCGCUAACAAACUUCAAAAUUUUCUAAAAAUACGAGGUAAAACCUCAUUUCAAGUUUACUAGAAGAUUUUAAGGAGGAGGAAUUUAAUCAUCUGAUAACUAAAGAAAUAAAGCUAGAAAAUUUUGAGAUCUUGAAAGUGAUAGGUAGAGGUUCAUUCGCUAAGAUAUAUUUAGUGAAACAGCAUCUAGAGGGAAAAGAUGAGGUUUUUUACUAUGCACUCAAAGUUUUGAAGAAAAAGUAGUUGUAUUCGAAAGGUUAAGUGCAUCAUACAGCUCUUGAAAGGUAAAUUCUCCUAGAAGUGAAACACCCUUUUAUUGUGGAAAUGCAUUACGCUUUUCAGUCCCCAGAUAGAUUCUUUUUCGCUUUGGAUUAUGUCAAUGGAGGUGAUCUAUACCAUCAUUUAAAAAAGAAACACAGAUUUAAUGAAAAAGAAGCAAGAUUUUACGCUGCAGAAAUGGUCCUGGCAUUAGACUAUCUUCACGAAAAAGGUUUUAUUUAUAGAGACCUAAAACCUGAAAAUAUCCUAUUGGAUUCUGAUGGUCAUGUCAAAUUAACUGAUUUUGGUUUAUCAAAAUAGCUUAAUAUGGAUUCAAAUGAGCUUGCUAAGACAUUCUGUGGAACACCAUAGUACUUAGCCCCUGAAGUAAUUCUGAAAAAGGGCUACAAUAAAAUGAUUGAUUGGUGGGGAUUGGGUAUUUUGAUCUUUGAAUUUUGCAAUGGGUCGCCCCCUUUCACAGACUUGAAUAUGCACCGUUGUAUCAAAGAUAUUGUGACAAAAAAAACCCCUUAAAGAGAUCAUUUCAGCAAAUCUCUGAAAAGUUUAAUUAAUUCUCUACUAGAAAAAGAUCCAGAAAAGAGAUUAGGUAGUAUUAAUUUAGGUGGAACUGAUUCAAUUAAAAAACAUCCAUUUUUUGAAGGAGUUGAUUGGGACGCUGUUUUGAAUAAAAAAACUAAGCCUCCAAUUAAAGUAAAAGUAAAAAGAGAAUUUGACACUAAAAAUAUGGACAAGUAAUAUCUUAAAGAAGCGAUUAAAAAUACCCCAGAAAACGAGGGUGUUAAUUUGGCUUUACUAAAUAAAAUGCACUUUGAUAAUUUUACAUUCAAUGGAGAUGAAAAUGAUUCUGUUAAAAACAGUAAAUAGGCAGAUAUAUAUGAUCAUAUUCAUCGAAGUAGUAUGGCAUCCUUUUCUUCUUAGGUCAGCACUGAUGAUAAAAUGAUGAUAAAGCCUUAAGGUAAACUAAAAGUACAGUUCUAAGAGGAAAUCAUCGAAGUAGACGAUUGCAGUCGUUGA